AUGGAUGCAAUUAAGCAGACCUUUGCCAAGUGCAAGGAGCAGAAGCGUGCUGCUCUAGUGGCCUACAUCACCGCCGGCUAUCCGACCGUCGAGGAGGCAGUCGAUAUCCUAUUGGGUCUGGAAAAUGGUGGCGCUGAUAUCAUUGAGCUUGGAAUUCCCUUCACAGACCCGAUUGCCGACGGCCCGACCAUCCAAAAAGCGAACACCCAGGCCCUCCAGAAUGGCGUGACGGUCACAACCGUGUUGGAGCUUGUACGCACCGCCCGAAGCCGGGGCUUGAAGACCCCGCUUCUUCUCAUGGGAUACUAUAACCCGGUUCUACGGUAUGGCGAGGAGCGCAUGCUUCAGGAUUGCAAGGAAGCGGGUGUCAACGGCUUCAUCAUGGUCGAUUUGCCUCCCGAGGAGGCCGUCCGGUUCCGUGACCUCUGCUCUAGCACGGGGCUGUCCUACGUUCCCCUUAUUGCCCCCGCUACCUCUGAAUCCCGUAUGAAGCUUCUAUGCAAGAUCGCCGACUCUUUCAUCUACGUUGUCUCGCGCAUGGGUGUUACUGGUGCCACUGGAAAGCUGAGCGCAAACGUGCCCGAGUUGCUGGCUCGGGUUCAUGAAUACUCCGGCAAUGUCCCCGCUGCCUUGGGCUUCGGCGUUAGCACCCGCGAGCACUUCCUUUCGAUCCAGGAUGUCGCAGAGGGUGUGGUGAUUGGCAGUCAGAUUAUCACCGUUGUUGGCCAGGCUCCGGCAGGCCAGGCUGCUAAGAAGGCCGAGGAAUACCUCUCCAGCGUCACUGGCCGCAAGCUCGAGCGUAAUACCCAGGGCUCGCUCACCCAUGAGAUCAAUGUCCUCGAGGCCAUUGAGAAGGCGCAGGCCCCUGCCGUGUCGCGGCCCACAAAGGUGAUCACGGAGGCGGACACUCCUUCUGGACCGGGACUUGGUGACCAGCUUGAGGCGCUCAACGUCACCAAGGACCCCUCCGCUCAGCCCUCGCGAUUUGGAGAAUUCGGUGGCCAGUACGUCCCCGAGUCCCUGAUGGACUGCUUGGCCGAGCUGGAGCAGGGCUUCGCCGAUGCGUGCAAUGAUCCCACGUUCUGGGAAGAAUUCCGCUCUUACUACCCGUACAUGGGCCGUCCCAGCAGCCUGCACAUGGCGCAACGGUUGACGGAUCACGUCGGCGGCGCUAACAUUUGGUUGAAGCGUGAGGAUCUCAACCACACGGGCAGCCACAAGAUCAACAAUGCUCUCGGCCAGAUCCUGGUUGCCCGCCGACUGGGCAAGACCCAGAUUAUCGCCGAGACGGGCGCAGGCCAGCACGGUGUUGCUACGGCGACUGUGUGUGCCAAGUUCGGCAUGAAGUGCACAGUGUACAUGGGCGCCGAGGAUGUGCGCCGUCAAGCUCUCAAUGUCUUCCGGAUGAAGCUCCUCGGUGCGUCCGUCGUGGCUGUGGAUGCCGGCAGCCGCACUCUGCGCGAUGCUGUCAACGAGGCCCUUCGCGCCUGGGUCGUUGAGCUCGACACCACCCACUACAUUAUCGGCUCUGCGAUUGGCCCGCACCCCUUCCCGACUAUUGUGCGUACCUUCCAGUCCGUGAUUGGUGAUGAGACAAAAGAGCAGAUGGCCAAGGAAAUUGGCAAGCUCCCGGAUGCCGUUGUUGCCUGCGUCGGUGGCGGUAGCAAUGCGGUGGGCAUGUUCUAUCCCUUCUCCAAGGAUCCCAGCGUCAAGCUCAUUGGUGUCGAGGCUGCUGGCGACGGCAUUGACACUGCCCGACACUCCGCUACCCUGUCUGGCGGUUCCAAGGGUGUCCUGCACGGCGUGCGCACCUAUGUCCUUCAGAACGAGCACGGCCAGAUUUCCGAUACGCACUCUAUUUCCGCUGGUCUGGACUACCCUGGUGUCGGACCUGAACUGAGCGCCUGGAAGGAUGCCAACCGCGCCACCUUCAUCACCGCCGACGACAGCCAGGCCCUGAUGGGCUUCCGCGCUCUCGCCCAGCACGAGGGUAUCAUCCCCGCUUUGGAGUCAUCGCACGCUGUCUAUGGCGUUAUGCAACUGGCCAAGGCCAUGAAAAAGGGCGAGAACAUUGUUCUGAACCUGAGCGGGAGAGGCGACAAGGAUGUCCAGAGCGUUGCAGAUGAGCUCCCACGGCUGGGUCCGAAGAUUGGCUGGGAUCUGCGAUUCUAA